AUGCCAGAACUAAAACAAAUAUAUGCAAAUGAUAUUUUCGAUAAUGAAAAGCUGAAAAGAUUUUUCUUAAAAUAUAGAUCAAAAGAAAAAGUAUUAUAUUCCUUUACAUCAGAAAAUGAUAUUAUAAUUGAAGAAAAGAGAAAAAGAAAAAAUAACUUAUACAUGUUAAAAUAUAAAAAUAUAUGUUUUAAUAUAUAUACAAGCAAAUUUUUCGAAUACUCCAAAUGGAAAUAUGAUUUUCUAUCAGAUAUUUUUAUUUCCCUUUUAUUAUUUGGAUGUUUUAUCGAAAUAAUUUUUAAUUUUUUAAUGGACACAACAUAUAUCUUUUACUUUAUGUUUUUUGAUAUUAUAUCAUUCAUAUUGUUAUUCUUUGAUAUCUUUCUUUUCGAAAAAUAUUUUUUUGACUUUUUUAUUUACUUUACAAAUGGAUUAUUUGCAUGGAAAAAAAUUGAAAAAGAUUAUGUAAUAUACCUAAUACAGUUAUUUAAAUCCUUGCGAAUUAUUAAGAUAUAUCGUUUAGUAAUUAAUUUUAUAAAAAAGCACACCAAGGAAAAAUACAAGCACAGAAAUGAGUGGAAUUUUGAAAAAAUGGAAAGUAUGAAGAAUAGACCAUUGAAGGAAAGCUUAAAGUUUACAAAUAAAAUGCAUUUAGCUCUUAUCAAAAGAUAUUUCAUGUCUUUAAUUUUUAUAAUGUUAUCUUAUAUAAUGAUAGAAAUAAUAUAUAUCUCCAAGGAAAGCAAAAAACCAAUGAAUUAUUUCAUCUAUAAUUUGGAUCUUAUAGUAUUUGAUGAAUUUUAUGAAAAGGAAUUUUUAAAAGCUCUAUACUUUUAUAGUACUAUUCAGAAAAAUAAAAGAGAUGAGGAAUAUUUAAUAAGUAUUAAAUCAAAAAGGAAAUUGCAAAAUUUUAUUAACAGAAAAGAAAUAGAUAUAUCAGGAAUUAAUUACCUUCUUUGGGAUUUUUCAAACUUAUCACAUAAUAAUCUAUUAAAAUUUGUUAGUCCUUCAAGUGCUAGCCAAAAUGUCGAAGAAGAAAUUAUUUUGGACCAUACAAUUAAGAACUUAAAUGAAUUGAGAUACUUUGAAACAAAGAUAUAUGAAUCCAAAGAUUUUAUAUUUUAUAUAAAUAUAAAGAGAUAUAUAGAAAGAAUUAUUAAAAAUAUUAUAAUAUUGAAAAUAUUUAUUAUAAUAUUUUCUUUUAUAAUAUUGUUCUAUUUUACGUGCGAAUUAAAUGUCUUAUUAUUCCCUAUAGAAAGCAUAUUGAAAAAAUUAAAACUUAUGAAAUCAAAUCCGACCCUAGCUUUGGAGAUGCAGGAAGAAUUAUUAAAUCACGAGUUGAAAAAUAUACUAAUAAACACAAAAUUGAAGAGGAACAGCAUUAAAGAAAAUUAUGAAAUUUUAAAAAUGGAAGAAAACUUAAUGAAAUUAGGAACAUUAAUGUUAUUAGGUUUUGGUGAAGCAGGAGCGAAAAUUAUUUCAAAAAAUAUUAACGAACAAGAAAGAGUAAAUUUAUUGAUCAAUGGUGAAAUUGUUUAUUCUGUUUUUUCAUUUUGCGACAUACGGAAUUUUACAGAAAUAACAGAAGUUUUAAAAGAAAAGAUUAUGAUUUUCAUAAAUUUGAUUGCUGAAAUAAUACACGAGUGUUGUGAUUUUUAUGGUGGAACAAUAAACAAAAAUAUUGGUGAUGCAUUUUUAUUAGUUUGGAAAUAUCAAAAAAAAGAAUUUUCGAAUAAAAAAAUGAAUAUUUUUAAGUCUCCAAAUAAUAAUUAUGAUGAAUAUUCAGAAAAAGAAAAUAUAAACAGGAUAUGCGAUUUGGCAUUUCUAUCAACAGUGCAAACGUUAAUUAAACUUAGAAAGUCGGAAAAAAUACAUAUAUUUCUAAAUAGUGAAAAUAUGGAUGAGUUAAUUAAAAAUAAUAUUUUGGAGUUAAGUUUUGGACUUCAUUUUGGAUGGGCUAUAGAAGGGGCAAUAGGAAGUAGUUACAAAAUUGAUUUAUCAUAUUUAUCAGAAAAUGUAAAUAUAGCUAGUCGAUUACAAGAGAUUUCUAAAAUAUAUAAAAACAAUAUUGUUAUAUCAGGAGAUUUUUACGAUAAUAUGUCAGAAAAAUUUAAAAAUUCUCUUAGGAAAAUCGAUAGGGUUACUCUUAAAGGAUGUAGGAACCCAUUAAGUUUAUAUACAUUUGAUAUAUGUCUUAAUAAGAUUACGAAGAAAGUUAAUAUGGAAAAUUUUGACGCCAAUCCCCAUUUUGACAUAAAACUGUUAAAGGUUUUUGAUGAUAUAAAAAAGAAAGCCGAACGAAAAAAAAGAAAAAAAGAAGUUCUUAAUCUUUCAUAUAAUCUUUAUGAAGAAUAUGCAAGAAAUGACGACAUAAAAUUCAUAAAGAUACAGUAUCCUAAAGAUUAUUUGGAGCAAUUCAAAAUUGCCCUUGAGUCAUAUUUAAUAGGGAAAUGGAAUGUAUCAAAAAAUAUACUAGAGUAUUUAAAAAAAAAUAAUAUUUUUGAAGAUCAAAUUGUUAAUCAGCUGUGGAGCUUUUUGAGUAUGAACAACUUUCUUGCACCCAGUGAUUGGUGUGGAUAUAGAAAAUUUUUACAAAAGUCAUAA